AGUAAGCAUACUGUCCACCUUCAUAGCGCCCUUCAAGUAUCUGAGUCCUGGCACAACCACCAUGGAGGAUGAAGACAAUUUAAGUACCAGCAGUGCAGAAGUAAAGGAAAAUCGAAACAUUGGCAACCUGGAGGAUCAUCCAAUAUCCUCUAACGAGAGGGCAAGAGGGGGAACACCUAGUAGUAAGAGAAAAAGACCCUUAGAGGAAGGCAAUAAUGGCCAUUUCUGCAAACUCCAGCUCAUCUGGAAGAAAGUCUCGUGGUCAGUGACGCCAAAGAACGCUCUGGUUCAGCUACAUGAACUUAAACCAGGUUUACAAUACAAAAUGGUUUCCCAGACAGGUCCAGUGCAUGCUCCAGUCUUUGCUGUUGCUGUGGAAGUAAAUGGACUUACGUUUGAAGGCACAGGGCCCACAAAAAAGAAAGCCAAAAUGCGCGCUGCGGAGCUAGCUCUGAAGUCGUUCGUUCAGUUCCCCAAUGCCUGCCAAGCUCACUUUGCCAUGGGGAACUGCAUCAACCCAUCCACGGACUUUACUUCUGAUCAGGCAGACUUUCCAGAUACUCUGUUCAAGGAGUUUGAACCAUCUACACACAGCGAGGACUUUUCAGUCUAUAACCCUGUUAAUAAUGAAUUGCUUUCCACUGCUUAUCGACACGGGCGCUUGCUCUGCCAUACGCUGGACUUAAUGGGCCACAGUAAGCAAAACAAGCACAAGAUGGCAUCCAAAGCGGAGAGCGAGAAGAACCCAGUGGUGCUGCUAAACGAGCUGCGGUCAGGCCUGCGGUAUGUCUGCCUGUCGGAGACGGUGGAGAAGCAGCACAUCAAGAGUUUUGUGAUGGCGGUGCGAGUGGACGGGAGAACAUUUGAAGGCUCAGGACGUAGCAAGAAGCUGGCCAAGGGUCAAGCAGCGCAGGCGGCCCUGCAGGCCCUCUUUAACAUUCGGCUGCCCAGCCACAUUCCCAGCAGGAGUAAAUGUCACCAUCUGCCACAGGAUUUUGCCGACUCUGUAUACCAAAUGGUUGCACAGAAGUUCCGGGAGCUGACAGAUAAUUUCACUUCUAUGCAUGCACGCCACAAAACUCUUGCAGGCAUUGUGAUGACCAAAGGUUUGGACAUCAGGCAAGCUCAGGUUAUAGUGCUGUCAUCGGGUACCAAAUGUAUAAAUGGGGAAUACAUUAAUGACCAAGGGCUUGCGGUCAACGACUGCCAUGCAGAAAUUGUGGCAAGAAGGGCAUUUGUUCACUUCCUCUACUCACAGCUGGAACUACACUUAAGCAAACGGCGAGAAGACUGGGAGCGAUCAAUCUUCGUGCGAUUAAAAGAGGGAGGCUACAGGCUGCGGGAGAACAUCCUGUUCCAUCUGUACGUGAGCACUUCACCCUGCGGAGAUGCACGCCUCAACUCCCCCUAUGAAAUCACAACUGACUUGAACAGCAGCAAGCACAUAGUGAGAAAAUACCGUGGGCACCUCCGAACAAAGAUUGAGUCUGGAGAAGGAACCAUACCCGUCCGGUGUCAUAACGCAGCUCAGACGUGGGACGGCGUGUUGCUGGGAGAGCAGCUCAUCACCAUGUCCUGUACAGACAAAAUUGCCAGAUGGAACAUUCUUGGGCUCCAGGGUGCUCUCCUCAGCUCCUUCAUCGAACCCAUGUACUUGCACAGCAUCAUUGUGGGAAGCCUCUAUCACACUGGUCACCUUUCCCGAGUAAUGAGCCAUAGAAUAGAAGACAUUGGUCAGCUGCCAGCUUCAUACCGGCGCAAUCAGCUGCUUCUCAGUGGGGUUAGCCACGCUGACGCUCGGCAGCCCGGAAAAUCUCCCAGCUUCAGUGUGAACUGGAUUGUGGGGAAUGCCGACCUGGAGGUUAUCAACGCCACAACGGGGAAGAGGACCUGCGGGAGUCCCUCACGGCUCUGCAAGCACAUGUUCUUCACUCGGUGGGCAAAGCUUCAUGGCAAGGUCCCAGCCUAUUUCUUGCACAGCAACAUGCCAUCAGUGUACAGCGAGGCAAAGCUGGUGGCUCAGACGUACCAGUCUGUCAAGCAGCAGCUGUUUAAAGCGUUUCAGAAAGCCGGUCUGGGCACCUGGGUGAAGAAACCCCCAGAGCAAGAUCAGUUCCUACUAACUGUAUAA